AUGGCCGCCAUUAAAGAAAAGUUAGCGUUCCUCUAUCAGCCCUACGUGUUGUUCAUCGUCCUAGGUUAUGUCCUCGGUGAACUCGGCCAUUACCUAAUCGGCGUAACCUCGAAACAAAUCGCCAUUGAUUUACACUACGGUGACAUAACCUGUCAACUCAACAAUACAGACUAUCACAUACACGAACUGCCCGUGCAUUGCAAUGUUGCCAACGAUAGUGACACUUGUCAUUCUUUGAACAUCAACGGAACGAAGUACUGCGAAUGGAACUACAACGGCUUGGGAUUAGACUACCAAAUCCUCGCCGGGCCGAGCUUCAUCGCCGUGUUCACCAUCGUCGGCGUAGUCAUGGGUGUCCUGGCUGAUAAAUACAACCGUGUGAAGAUGUUAACCGUCUGUACAGUGGUCUUCUCCAUCGCGAUGAUCUUCAGUGGAAGUGUCAAAGAAUACUGGCAUCUGGUCGUACUGCGCAUGAUCAUGGCGGCUGGUGAAUCAGGCUGCAACCCGUUAGCCACCGGAUUACUCUCGGAUAUUUUCCCUGAAGAGAAACGUGCGUUAGUGAUGAGUAUAUUCAACUGGGUUUACGGAGGUUAUGGUAUCGCGUUCCCUGUGGGUAGAUACAUACCACCGUUGAAUAUCUGGGACAUGGGAUGGCGGAUCACAUAUUAUGGCGCUGGUGUCAUAGCGUUGAUCAUCGCAAUUAUAACUGGUUUGACCUUGAGGGAACCCGAACGUCAAGCGAUUGGGGAAGACGCCACAGGGAAAAACGGAGAAAAGAAGAAGGUGUCAAUCUGGGCGGUUAUAUUGGAACCGAGGAUUGUUAUGUUGUGUUUGGCUGCGUCUAUAAGACAUUGUGGUGGUAUGUGUUUUGCCUACAACUGUGACUUAUACUACCAAACAUACUUCCCGGAGUAUGACCUUGGCUGGUGGCUGUUUGCUGUCACAAUUGUGAUUGGCAGCAUUGGAGUAGUCGCAGGCGGUGUUGUUUCGGAUAAAUUCGUUGCUAAAAUGGGCGUGCGAUCAAGAGUGGCUGUUUUGGCCUUGAGUCAACUUAUAGCGACACCUGGUGCCUUUGGCAGUGUAUUUUUCAGUCCGACAUGGGCUAUGAUCACUUUAGGAUUGUCAUACUUUUUCGCUGAGAUGUGGUUUGGUAUUCUUUUCGCUAUUUUAGUCGAAAUAGUGCCUGUUCAAGUGCGUUCCACUACCGUAGGAGUGUUUUUGUUUGUUAUGAAUAACGUCGGAGGGAAUUUACCGAUUUUGGUCGAGCCGGUAUCGAAAGCGAUUGGAUAUCGUGAAUCUUUGUAUAUUUUUUACGCUGGAUUCUAUGCGAUUAGUUCGGUUAUGUUUUUGUUGACGUUGUUCUUGAUGGAAGGACCGAAAAAGGUCGAGAAUUCACGAGAUUACGGGCAUGAUAAUAAUAUUUUCACGACUGCUGAUGAGAAUGGUUUGAAUGGACGACAAGUUAGCGGAAUGCGUUUGCCUAGGAUCGGGUCAGAGAGUAGCAAAUUAUAAAUAAUUAAAUAAAAAUAAAGAAAAAAAAAACAAUAUUUAAGUGAAAAUUUUAAUAAUUUAGGUUUUAAAAUGUAAAGUAAUAAAUUUGUAUAUAAUAUUUUAA